CUCGAUUCGUCCUCCAAUCCCAAACUUAACCAACCUCUGGGAAGAAGGCGUCAUUCCAUUUGUCAUAGAUGGAAACUUUACAGCAGACGGGAAGGCGCUUUUGUUGGACGCCAUCAUUCAGUGGCAAAUGAAAACGUGCGUUGUCUUUGUUGACAAAGCGCCUCAACAUAAAGACUACGUAGUUUUCACCAAGUUGCCCUGUGGCUGUUGUGCUGCAGUGGGCAACCAACGAACCGGGCCGCAACCCAUCUCCAUUGGAGAUGGUUGUGAGCAAACGGGAAUAGUUCUCCACGAACUGGGACAUGUCAUUGGACUAUCGGAUGUUACAGAUGAUAUCCCCCAGGCCAGCCCAAUACAUCAGCUGAUUAAUGUGAGCAAUUCCGUCAACGGAAGCGCUCCGGGAACUACAACAAAGACAUUGGAGUCUCUAUUUAAUCUAACCAUGGACGUAAUUAUAACCAAUGAUAAGAUGAAAGCAUCCGAUACAGAAGAGGAACGAGAUGAAUCGAUCUCAGAGAACGAUAGCAUCAUGCGGUACGGAGAAAAACUAUUUCAGAGCAAGCUCUAUUCCAAUCAUCCAAACGAAGUCAAAUACGUCGAGUCAGCUGAUUUCUUCAUUGAAUUGAAAAUGAAGAUUUAUGUAUCAGACGUCAAAGCAACGAACGAAUUCUACAGGUGUCCGAAAUGCGGAAAGUCAUUUCAGCACCCCAAAGGUAAUGUCACACACCUUCCCUUGGCAAACGCAUCGGCCUUCUGUCAGUGGCGCAUUAUCGCUGGAUACGGGGAGACUGUCCUGUUUAAAAUCACAGGAAUGCACUUUAACGCCAGCUGCGAUGACACUUAUUUAGAAAUUCGGGACGGGCCGAGCAAAAGCUCCGCCCUUCUGGAGAAGUUAUGCGCCGGCAGUGCGCCCCUAAGCGUAACAUCUACGGGGCCUCUGAUGUUCAUUGAGUACAGAUCCAAGACGGGUCCGGGCGAAGGAUUUGAAGGGAACUAUAUGUUUCUAUGUGGCGGAGAAAUUACAGUUGAAGAUAAAGUUUAUCUGGGGAGUCCGAAUUACCCUUACGAGUAUGUGCCAAAUAAGAACUGUUCGUGGAAGUUGUCUGCCGGAAAGGGCUUCAGGAUUGUGUUGAGACUCGAGCUCUUCAAACUCGAGGGGAGCGAAAACUGCAAAUCUGAUUACUUGGAAGUAAGAGAUGGGGCGACCGCAGCGUCGAAGUUAUUCGGCAGAUACUGCAGUCAAUCGAUUCCAAGUGUUUUCAUUUCAACGGGCGAAAACUUGCUGGUGACCUUCGUCAGUGACGGCUUUUACCAGACCGAAGGCUUUUUGGGGAAUGUUGUCAGAGAAGAAAUAAAGUGAUCGAGAUGUUCAUCUUUUGCUGAGUGUUUCUGUUUAAAAUUGAACAUUGAAAAGUUACAAUUGCACCCUGAAGCUCUGUCAUUAUCUCUACGGAAUUCCCUGACAAAAGUUGUUUGAAAUAUUAUUUCAAGAGUCUCACCUGUUUUAGCAACACAAGAAACAAUUAUCUUUAGUACGUUAAGUCAAUCCCCCC